AAGGCCUAUUGCACCCUGCACCUGCAUGCACGUCAACGUCAAUGCAUUUGCAGUUUCACGUCAAGUUUUAUUUUCAUUCGAUUGCAUCAGGUCAUUGAAGCUGAAGCAAAGCAAGAGUGAAAUUUUACAACGCAGUUAAAAAUAUUCUACCGUAAAAAAAAACAUUUGUAUUUCGUGGCUAAAUAUUAAGUUUUGUGAACGACGUAUUCAUUUUGAUUCAGGAGUGAAUUUCGUAUCAAUAUGGAAGGGAAGAAAAAGGGAAAGAAGAACCGCCCCGCCAGCGAUUCGCAAUCGGGCGGUAAUCCAACCGGGUCUGCCCCCGUUCAGCAUCAACAGGGCCAUGGCGGAGACAUGGAAAAAAAACAGCAACAGCUCCAACCAACACCUUCGGAAUCAUCUGUGAAAGAGCAAGGGUCAGAGCCGAUGGCUACACAGCAGCCCCAACAAAAAGGCAAAUAUAAGCAAAAAAAGCAACAACAGCAACAAGAACAAGGUACACCGGUUACGGAAUCGACCGCCGAACAGCAGCCGGAUCCAGAUCCAAUGGCUGAGCAACAUGUUGCUCAGAAGGGCAAAUAUAAACAAAAAAAGCUACAGCAACAACAAGAACAAGAACUGCAACAGACAGACCCAUCCCCUACGGAACAAACUGUGGAAAAUCCUGAACCAAGGCAAAUGGCUACAGAACAGCAGCCAAAGGGAAAAUAUAAACAAAAGCUACAACAAAAACAACAAACAACAGAUCAUCCCGGUGAAGCUACGCAACAGCAGCCAACUCAAGAUCAAGGCAAAAUGUCAUACAAACUAAAACAGCAACAGAAACAGCAGAAACAGCAGCAACAGCAGCAGCAACAACAACAGCAGCAACAACAAAAACCGCAAUCUGACCAAGGAAAAAAUCCUUACAAACAAAGGCAACAACAACAGCAACACCCAUCACAAGAACAAUCGUCGGGACUGACAACGCCAUCAUCACACUCAUCAUCUCCAUCGCAUGCCGCUGCUUUGGAACGAGUAGCAGAAGAUUUCUGCAACAUAAAAAUCGACAAGCAGAAAAUUCACUCGUCCAAACUGCUGCCCGUACUGGUCAGGGCGAAUGCGCACGGUACCCGUGGAAAAAUGAUAAAAGUGGAAGUCAACUAUAUACAACUGUUUGUGGAUCGCUUGAUACCUACUGCGUACCAUUACGACGUAGAUAUUCAACCGCCGGCGUCCCGCAAGUGGCAACGGUUGGCGUUCAGUGAAUUGCAGGAAAUGUUCCCGAAUCAUGGUUUGGCAUUUGAUGGCCAUAAAAAUGCAUAUUCAGCACGUCGCUUGAAAGCAGACCACUAUGAAAAAGAGAUUAAGGUUCGUGGAGAUGGUCGCGACCGGAAGUUUACCGUUGCCAUGAAGGAGGCAGCCGUUCUAGACAUGUCCUGUCUUAAAACUUACAUGACCAACGGCAAUGGCACCAAUCUCGAUAAGCCGAUGUCGGCUAUUCAGUGUUUGGAUAUAGUGCUCCGGACAGCUUACGAAAAUAAUCCUCGCUUCAUCAAGUUUAAAAAAUCGAUCUACGUAAAACCGGAGACACCGGACCCACCUGGAAGCAAUCACGAACUGUGGUAUGGCCUGUUUCAAUCUGCGUUGUUGGGCGCCAAACCGUUCUUGAAUAUUGACGUGUCACACAAAGCAUUCACAUCCGGUGGGCAAGUUUUGAACGUACUGAGAGAAUUGAAUCGAGGAGAGAUUCCGGAUAGGCCGAUCAUGGAUUGGAUGAGCAAAGAACUACAUAGCUGCACCCAACAAAUAAUUAAGAAUUCGGCUACCGAUACCGCAACCCGAAAACGAAAGAUCAUGGAUUUGUUCAAUCAAAUCAACUACAACAACGCUCCAACCAUCAAGGAGUUUGGUGUGGGAGUUGGGAAUAAUUUCGAGGCGGUUGAUGGCCGAAUCAUCGAUCCACCCGAGUUGUCAUACGCCAACAAUAAGAACGUCAGACCAUCCAAAGGCGUAUGGCAAGCAGAUAACCUGGGCUACAUUGUUCCGAGUACUGCCGUUACAAGACGUUCAUUGAAUUGGACAAUACUAAAUCUGGACCAAAGAACUCGCCCAGAUGCGAUCCAAGAAUUUGGUCGGUAUAUCUAUCAGAUGUCACAAAAGCAAAACGUUCUAUUGCAACCGUUCUCUAUGCGGGACAAUUUCUACGAACCAAGAGACAUGAGGACUUGUAUAAAGGAAUUGGAUUUUAUUCUCAAUGAUAUAAAACAGAGCGGUAUCGACUUGGCGUUUGUAAUAAUUCCUAAUCCAGGUAGGGACGGAGACGUCUACGCAAAAGUUAAACAGAAGGCCGAACUGUGCGUUGGACUGCUUACCCAGUGUAUCAAGAGCUUCACUCUAGACAGGAAACGAGGAGAUCCGAGCACGAUUAGCAACAUUUGGCUUAAGAUCAAUGCUAAGACGAACGGUUCAAACCACGUGCUGGCAAGUAGCCACAAGCCUCCGAUCGCACGGAAGACCGUAAUGUACAUCGGUGCAGACGUUACCCACCCCUCCCCAGAGCAGACCAACAUUCCGAGUGUCGUUGGUGUGGCAGCCUCGUAUGAUCUCGAAGGGUUCCGCUUCAAUUGCUGCUACCGCCUACAAAACGCCAAAGACGAGAUGAUCCGGGAUUUGCAAAAUAUCGUGGUCAAACAGCUGCGACAAUUCAAACAGCAGAAUCAGAAACUUCCUGAACUGAUCAUGUAUUAUCGUGACGGCGUUUCGGAAGGCCAAUUUCAGGAGUACCAAUUUUUCCUGGUGUCACACGCUGCCGUUCAAGGCGUGGCUAAACCAACGAAAUACUGCGUCCUCUACGAUGAUGAAAAUUGUAAUCCAGAUCAGCUGCAGGCACUGACUUACUAUCUAUGUCAUAUGUUCACGCGCUGCAACCGAGCCGUGUCCUACCCGGCCCCGACUUAUUACGCCCAUCUUGCUGCCUACAGAGGACGUGUCUACAUUAAAGAUCGCAAUUUGAAUAUGACCAAUUUGGUGAGAGAGUACGAGAAUAUGCAAAUUAAGUCCGAAAUCCAGGAUGGUCAUCCAAUGUUCUUUGUGUAAAAAUAUCUAAUGAAAAAAAUUUGUCAUUUAUAACUACAUACUAUUCAUUUUAUGUUUAAUCAAAUAUGUUACAAAAAUAAACAAUAUAUAACAGGAAUCUCAUCAAUCUUCAUAAAAAAUAUAUCGCCAAUAAUAAAGAAUUAGUUUGAUCAUUGUUAAGUCAGAACGAUUUUUUUUAUUCUAAGGAAAUAAUCGCUAGCACAGUUUGCUACUAUAAUUUUAUUUAAGAAUUGCUAUAAUUAUCUCUAUAUAUUCUGCUUCUUAGUACGCUCUGACUAAACACCAAGAAAUUGAAAAUACAUGUUGAGUGCGUAUAUUUAUUGAUGAACGAACUCAGAUUAAAUAAAAUACAUUUAUGUUGAUUAAUGUGGUUCCGCCAAACAAACAA